ACAAAGGUGAGUAGAGUUGCCCUCAUCUCUUUUAAAGUCUUGACUCUUUAAGAAUCUGAGAUCGAGAGAGAGAGAGAGAGAGACAGAAGCUUCUAUACACAAAGAGUCAGGUGAGGUGACCCAGUAGGCUUCUCUGUGCUCUGAGUUGUUGUUUGACUUGUCCAUAUAUUGCUAUGGCGGAAGAGGAACCUGUUGAUCAGAAGAAAUAUUAUGAAGAGCUUUGCAAGCCUAAGUGUGUGAAGCCAUUACUUGAAUAUCAGGCAUGUGUUAAGAGGAUCCAGGGAGAUGAAAGUGGGCACAAGCAUUGCACUGGACAAUAUUUUGAUUACUGGUCUUGUGUUGACAAAUGUGCGGCACCAAAGAUAUUCUCAAAACUGAAGUAAUGGGGGAGAUGAUUUUGCAGCAUCUUAAUUUGCAUUUCUACUUUCAAAUCGUAAUAACUGCUUCUGAACAUUUAAUCUGUUCUGUAAACUAGGAAUGCCUAUAUGGUUUUCUCCAUGAGGACUUUUGCAUUUUUUUAGCUAUGGAGACCUUGAGUUGUGGUCAAUAAAAAAGCAUACCGUGCACUAGAUUUGGCCAAUCGCAGUGUGUACAAGGUUUUCUCUCCCCCCGCACCCCAAAAAAAAGAAAUUGAUGAAUUACACAUGCAUCCAAUGAGUGUUGAACUCAAAAAACCUUACUCUCCCAUCGUAAAUUCGGUAGAAGUACAAGAACUGUAUUUUUAAGAAAAAAAAUGUUGACGCUUUUAAGAAAUAAAUCGAUUGGCUUGUUUCAA